GUUCAGUUGACUUGAUCUUCUGUUUUAUCUGCACCAGAAAAACCUUUUUUGUUUGAUGUAUUUGUAGACGGGAAUGACAGAACACGAAUACACUCCACCGCGGACAUCCCAACCCUGACGGACACAAUGCCACAAGGACGUGUCUAGGGGCUCUGCUAGGAUCUUUGAAGCUCAGAAACAACUUGUGACCUCGCCUUUCCUCGUUUUGGCGUGGUGUAUGGCACUGGAAUCCGUUCAUUGUCAGUCAAGACGAUGAGCAAACCUUUUUUCCCACAGGUGUGGGUAUCGUGUACAGGUGGAGUGUUGAAUUUGAGAAGGCACUGGCUGCGUGUGGGAAAUAUGUCACGAGCUUUUGCGCCGACAGUCCUGUUCGUUUUGCUAAAUGUAGGGGGGAGUUUGUGGGUACCUAGAACAUUGCCAGUGAGCGCUUUUCAGGACGCUGUUGCACCUCAUCACCCCUGCAUCGGUCGUCCGUGCGACCAGGUGGCGUCUGUUGUGGCCGUACCGCCGGCCAACAACCUCGGCUUUAAACGUGAACCAUCCGUAGGUUCUCCAGGGCAUUUCUCCUUCCUGCAAGCAGUCGGCGGGGUGGGAGGGCCUCCUUACGCAGGCGACGGAAGCCCCCUUCUUGCCAGUCGGUUAGACUGGCAGUUUCUGCAGCAAUGGCACACGGAUGAAGACGAAAAUGCCCGUGACGGCUUCGUCGCCGCUCUAUCGAGAGUUACACGUCUAAGUCAAAUUCUAGAGGACUGCAAUAUGGAGAUGGUCUUGCUCCUUGAUCGCGUUUUUUCCCGCAGCCCUCGUAUCACGCUGUCCGCUGUUGAGCCCAGGACACACCGGCGUCGAACCCUAAAACUUAAAAUUCGCUCUGUGGCGGGCACAGGAGGAUACAACAUCGUCGUGAAAGCCUUCGUAAUAAAGUCGUGGUUUUUCCGGCUAGGGCACUGGCUAGGGUCGCUGGGCAGGCAAAGAAACACCGCGCGUGCACCCGGCGGAGAAACCGGUCAGCAGACAGGCACAUCUGGCAGACGGAGCUCGCGCUCCAGAGGGCAGUCUGGCAGGGAGGAAGGCAGGCGCGAGCCACAAAUGGUAUCCCUGCGAAUCCGAGUGGGGGGGGCUCCCGAUUGUCAAGUGGCGAACGAGAUGCAGGCAGCUGAAGUAGUCCAGAAGUGCGUUUCAGAGGCAGAUCGCAUCAUGCAUGUGUUCCCCGAAGAUGUAACUCCUGAUGUCCUGGUGUCGCGUUUUCGGUUCGCAGUUCCAUUGUAUUCGGGGAGGAUCCGCCACAGAUCUGCGCUCCUGGGACAAUCCCGCGGUUAUGCGCUGCUAAACUACAUGGAUGUGUUGCCACCGAUGCUGUGUGAUCUCUUCGCUGCCCAGAGUGUCGUACAGCCUUCUAUGACGAGAGCCAUAGCAAAACAGUUGCUUGAGCUCGUCGCACAUCUUCAGGCGCUUGGGGUUGUGCACUCGGAUCUAAAACCGGAAAAUGUGCUAGUCGACGAAGCCGGAAAUUUGUUUCUGGCAGACUUUGACAAAGCCCACAAGGUAGGGUCCCGGGUCCGUUGCAGCAGUCUUCCACACUCGCUGUUCGCGGAUCCACAAACGGUGAUUUGCCGAGAGACCACUCCUGAUCAGGAGGUGACUCUGGCUUUCUCGCAAGACGCGUGGGCACUCGGAAUGUUGAUGUACGACACUUUCUGCCGCAACUGGCCCUUCAUGGGUAUGGACUAUAACAACGACUCAGACACAUCCAACACAAUUGUACUCGCAGGGCUUUUGGACCGGGCUGCUGCCGUAGACACGCGAGCUCCCAUUGACUGGAUAGGCUGUGAUAAUCCUCGAGUGGAGAGUGAAAUAAAAGACCUUAUUUCCCGCCUCCUGGAUAUUGAUCCGGAAAACCGACUCGAUGUCUUAAGCUUCUACAUGCACUCAGACUUUUUCAACGAAGGACGAAACGAGGCAAAUCGGUCACCUCCACAGCGGGGCGCUCCCAUUUUGCCUCUUCGGGAGUCAAUUGUUUAAUUCUGAGGCUGUCGUCAUUUGGGGACGGGCCCAGCCUCCCAUUGGAGUGUUAUGUUGAGGCUGUUUUGCCUCCUGUUACUGGGAACCCCCGCACGUUUCCAAGCAGCAGUCACGGAUGCGCCCACGGAUUUUGCUGGACGCACGCUCUGUGAACAGACCGUUCUUUGCUCAUCCCACCAAAAUACGUGAGGCGUCUGUGGCUGUAUAUUUCUGACAAGAUUUCAGCCCGUUUGGUUUUUUGUGCGUGUUUUCGCUCACAAAGGCCGCUGCCACAUGCGCGACCACUGCACCCAUGUUUUGCCUUAUCUCUCUACGAGGCUCGCCAAAUCGCACUCGAGUCCAAACUGCCUUGAAAGCGGUAUCAGCGUGCGCUGAAGCGGACAACAGUCACGCGGGCGCCGUCUGCGUCUUGUGAUUUCGCAACAUGCUAACAAACUACGUGAGGUACUCAUAGAGCAAGACGAGAGGGCAACCGUCACCCGUACUGCGUGUUUCAUGUCAUCCCGUCUGCGAGGAGAUCUGAAUCCGGUAAAGCCGAAUCCUCCGACCUUACUGUCAAAACCUAGUGUACACGGAGUGCUUCUGCACGCAGACAAGCGCAUGGACGCGCUUAAACGGCCGUUUUGCGGAUGUGUAUGCAUACAAAUGUCUGACGCUUGCGGACC